CCGCCUUCCCCACCAAUUCUUCAUACUCCCGCCAAUCCCAACGGCCGCUUCCAUGGCUUCCUCCUCCUCCUCCUCCUCCUCCUCCUCCUCGCUGUCCUCCAUGAGCUCCUCCUCCUCCUCCGCCAUGUCGUCCGCGAGUUCCUCCUCCUCCCCCACGCGCGCCGCCUCCUCCUCCUCGCCGCCCCCCGCCCACGCCGCGCCGGCCCCUGCCCCCGCCCCGCCGGUGCCCAGCCUCCUCGACGACACCUCUUUUCCGCCUCUGGGUACCGCGCCACCGCGUCCUCCGAGGAGCGGGAGAGUUGCGCGGCCGCUGAGGAACGCCAAGGACCGACGGGAACGAGGGAAGGCUCCCAGCUACUCCUUCGACAGGGACACCGUCAAGUUCUCGAUUGACUCGCUCUGCGGGCGAGCGGACGAUACCGCGCCAGGUACAGCGGCCACAGCCGACGCGGCCGAGGGGGGCGAUACCGCGGCGGAGACCGCGGCCUCCGACGAGGAGCUCGAUGCCGAGGCGGAGAAGACCUCGGACACGGCCGAGGCGGGCGGUACCGCGCAGGCGACCAUCUCCGCGCGCCCGCCGAUCUGCGCGUCUCCGGGAAGCCUCGCCGAAGCGGCGGCACUUCUCUCAGGGGCGCCCACCCUCUCGCCAGCUGCGCAGGCGUUCGGCGGCUACAGGUUCGGCACCACCUUCGGCGACUUCUUCCAGGACCUCGAGGCGCUCCAGGGUGAGCCGCAGGACGUCGAGGCGCUCCAGGUCGAGCCGCCGCCGCCCCGCGACCUCAGCCUGGUGCCUACGGGGCCGCCGUCCCAGUUCGUGGCGCCGCGCCUCGCCCACUACGGCAACGCGACGCGCCCGAUGCAGUUCGCGGCGCCGCCACAGCACAUGCGCUUCCACCUCUCCGCACCUGGGCGCCCGGCGCUGUUCAUCGACGUACAGUGGCGCUACAAGGUGACGCCUCCGCACCUCCCGCACCACCCACAGGGGGCGCUGCAGCUCUACGGGCAUCCUCCGGUGCCGCCAGUCGGCCAGGUAGGCAGCCCGUGUUGGGAUUGCCAGGCCCGGCCGGCGGAGCGGCCGUUUCCGUGCGGCCACGUCUUCCUCUGCCGCCCGUGCUACAAGCGCCGCAUCUCGUGUCCGUGCUGCGCCGGCUGGGUUCCCUCGCCUUUCUGAAGUUUCCUCUAAUUCAGCCUAUGAUGAGCUGCUAUACCCGGAUGUCGACGCAGAGUAGAGGAAGAUCUGAAUGGGAGUUCUUCACAAGUACUGGAUACAAUGACAGCAGAACUGGACGCCUACUUUUGCCUACAGAAAAGAUAGAUAUGGGUCUCGAAAAAUGCAAUCAGUAGAUCUCGAUUAAACUCGCUUCGUUCCGUCGACAGAACAUGUGUUUUGGCCUCACAGUCCUAUGAUUCAGGACUGCUGAAAUUGUUGACGUUGGAUGUAGUCGCUUUUCUGACAUCCAUCUCUGUAAUGUGAGUU